AGGUGUUCGACGAAAGUCCCGUGCUUGUGCCAGCACUCCCCCGCUCCCGCCGAGUGGAGCAAGGAGAGCAGUGAAGGCAGUUUGUCGUCGAGGGAGUUGUGUUCUGCGCGCAGGAGCGGGCGCGCUGCGGCUAAGAGGGUUUGCAGGCUGGUUUCGGAUUGA